CCUGAGUCACAUCCGAUAAAUCAUGAUAAACCCUUAUUGAAUACAAAAUCACCAACUUAUAAACAUGUUCUAAUACCUACAGAUGUUCCAGCUACUGAAUGGCCUUCAAAAGUUGAAUUGGUUCCGGGAUCAUUGAUCUCUGAAUUCACAAGCUUGAAAAGAGAGUCGUUGGAUCCAAUGUAUCCUGUAAUGAUUUCAAAUAUUCAAGUUCAAGAUCCACAGGGUGAUGUGUUGGUGUUUCCUGAUAAUGAAUGGCAUGACGUGCCUUAUGUGUCUAAAUUUAUGACUGGUAACUUGACGCCUAAUGGUAUUCCUCAAAAGGGGAUCCAAAACAAGAACCAGUAUGUAUUUAUAUGUGGGCAUGCUCAAAGAGAUAUAAGAUGUGGUUUGAUAGCACCCGAACUUGCAAAAGAAUUUGAGCAUGUCUUGAGACAUGAAAACUUACUUUAUGAUAAAGCUACAAACCCAGAGGGGGUCAAAGUUGGUAUUGUAUCUCAUGUUGGGGGUCAUGCUUAUGCUGGUAAUGUUCUCUACUUUGAUAAAGAGGGUCUAGGUAUUUGGUAUGGAAGAGUUGAAGUUGGUCAUGUUGAUCCAAUAGUGAAGGAGACUAUUUUGGGAAGCAGUAUACUUCAGGAACUUUAUAGAGGA